ACAGCGCCUGCGCGGUCGGGCCCCGGACGCGACGGCGGCGGCGGAGGCGGCGAUGGAACCGGCCGAGCCGCUUAGCGACCUGGUGUCCGCCGAGGGCCGAAACCGGAAGGCGGUGCUGUGCCAGCGCUGCGGCUCCCGGGUGCUGCAGCCCGGGGCCGCGCUCUUCUCCCGCCGGCAGCUUUUCCUUCCCUCCAUGAGAAAGAAGCCAGCUCUGGCUGACGGCAGCAAUCCUGAUGGCGAUCUCCUCCAGGAACACUGGCUGGUUGACGACAUGUUCAUCUUCGAGAAUGUGGGCUUCACCAAGGACGUGGGCAACAUCAAGUUUCUGGUGUGCGCAGACUGUGAAAUCGGACCGAUUGGCUGGCAUUGCCUGGAUGACAAGAACAGUUUCUAUGUGGCCUUGGAACGGGUUUCCCAUGAGUAACUGAGGGGAGGGGGACUCGGCUCCACCGCCAGCUAUAAAAGCUGCUCCCCUCAAGAACUGGCAUUUAACCUGGUGUAACUGUGCUGCUGCCCCUUCUCUGUACUAAUGUAAAUGAUGAGUAUCAGCACGUCCGGUUGAACAUGCAUAGGGCUGAUCCCGUGUCCCUAAAGCCUCAAGCGGGUGCCUCUUUCCCAGCUCACGUUGCAUCCCAGCAUCUCCUCCUCUCCCUUUUCUCCCAGUGGCAGGACACUGGAACACUUUCACAAAUCUGCCCCCAUCCCUGACAUCCUGCCUGGGCUCUCCGACCCUGGACUCCCUUGUUUCUUGCUCUGUGAGAGCAGUGUUCAGUCUCAGCCACGAUGACACAGAGCAGAUGAUGCUCGUGCUCACAGUUCAAACCCCACCUUCUCUCAUUCAAGAAAGCAUACAAGUGACUUUGUUGGAUGGCUAGCUUUAUCUACAGUAGUUUAUUCUUUUUAAAAGUAUAGCAUUUACAGACUUCAGUAUUUAAACUGCUAAUAGGAAACACAUUACUUUGGACACGUCUGUAACGUCACAUUUGAGAGCCGACCCUCUGGGUUGAUAGUGACUUUUUAUGGUGAAGAUGACUGUAUCCCCUCCUCCCUUCAAAUCUUGAUGUGGUUUCUCUUUACAUUAUAGCCUAUACAUUGAGAAUCAGAUUUUCAACCCUGUCUGGCAGCCACGCCAAGGAAAACUCAGCCCUGGCUUCAAAUCAGGGUGGAGGAUGCCCACAUUAUCCUUUGCCACAUUAUCCAUGACUUUGCAGGUUUGUCGUAUCUGGGCAAGUAACUCUUCCUCUUCCUAGGAAAGACUUCUCUGCUGGAUAGCGUCACUAUUUACUGAGCCCACUAAGAAUGGUCCUCAGAGUUUUGGUUCAGCUAGAAUCCCUGGACCAAUCCAGAACACAAAUUUCUGCCCAAAUGCCACUAUCUUCUGUAGCUGUGGGGUUACUCAGUUUGAUGUUAGCAAAUUUGUCAGCCCUUCAAUAUGAUUAUCACUUGUUCUGUCAUUUUUCUUCUGAAGUGACUCAGUGUCUUAAAAGGAAUCUCUAUGGCUAGGUGUUGAGUGUCCUCCCAGAAGUCCUACCUCUAAGAUUGAGGAGAACAUAGAAUUGAUAUAAGGACUAAACAGAACCCUUACAAGCUACAGCCCAUCCUUCUGUGUCUGUUUUCUGCUUGCUCCUGCCUUCUUUCUCUCCAGAACUUUUCUGAGGACUCCCCAGGUAAAUUGUGGGCCUUGGGCUUUGCAAUCAACCUACCAAGGAAGGUGGCUUCCUUCCGCAGUCAUCGCUUCAGUGAGCUGUAGUUGAAAAUGAGAGAACUGUUCCCUAGACAAAGUCAAAUGUCUAUGAUUAUGGCAUUUGUAGUAAAACAACUGUGAGAAUUAUCCACUCAGGUCAGAAGGAACAAAACCAAGUAGAUGCCUCUGGGGCAUGUAGCCCCUUCUAUCACAAGCCAAAACCUACGGAAAGCAUUUUUUUUAGAUUAGACUUUUUGACUUUUCUUUCCUUUUUUAAUCACAAAAAUAAUCACUCAUUUCCACCAUCCGGAGAUUGCCUAUGGUAGUGUGGUAUAUACCCUUCUUAGUGUUUUUUCUAUAUGUAUAUAGAAAAAUGUAUGGUUUUUAAAAACAGAUAAGAGAUCAGAUUGUGCUCUUUUAUAACUUGCUUUUUCCAUUUGACAAAAUCCUGACUUCCCAUGUUAACAGAUAACCAUCUAUGGACACCCUUGUAUUUCUGUACUAUAAUUUACUUAAACAAUCUACUAUUAGAUUGUCUCCAGUCUCUUAUAAACGAUGUGAUGUAACGUGCAACUUUAUAGUUAAAUCUGGAUACGAAUUCUUAACUAUUUUCUACAUUACUAGAAGUAGAAUUGUAGGGUAUGCACGUUUUCAUGGAUUUGCUCUCUUGACACAUACUCUUCAGAAACAGCUGUGCUAAUUCACCGUCCUUCAGCAGUAUAAAAGAGCACUGAUUUCUCUGAAACCUUCCUAACACUGGGUAUUUAUUAUCAUUAAAAUAUUUUGCCACUUUAUAGAAAAAGUAUCUCAUUGUUUUAAUUUGCAUUUAUUUUAUGUUUAAUGAAAUUUUUAUAUACUUGUU